UUUUUAUCUCUUACAGGUUACCUAUUGCAAGGAGUCCUGGCCACAACAGUGAUCCCAUUAUGUGGGCUUGGGGAAAUGGAGAACUGCACAACAGCACUCGUCCAGACAGAGAACAGCCCACGAGUGGCUCAAGUCGGGAUCACGAGAUGCAAGCCUGAAAUGAAGGACUACUGCUUCCAUGGGCAGUGUGUGUACAUUGUGGACUUGGAUGAGCACUAUUGCAGGUGUGAUGUAGGCUUCUCUGGAGUGCGCUGUGUGCACUCGGAGCUCCUCCAGCAGCCCCUCAGCAAGGAGUAUGUGGCACUCACAGUUAUUGCAGUUCUGCUCUUCGUUGCUGCCAUCUCUCUUGCAAGCUACUACAUUUGCAGAAGGUACCGAAGCAAGAGGAGACAGACAAAUGCCAGUGAAUACAAGGAAGUUGGUGCCCUAUAG